UGUGUGGGAGGUGGGGGGAUGGGGUCCCCGAAUUGUAAUUGGCUAACGUUAUGUGAGGCACUGUUUGUUGUUGACAUUUUUUUUUUUAUCCAUCAUAUUUUUGGUAAACAUCACGAAUGAAUGCCACCGAAAGAAACCAUUCAUAAUUUUUUUUUUAUUUUAUUUUAUUGCAUUCUUUCUAACUUCCAGGUGAUCGACGGCGGGACGUCGAAUGGUCGCUCUGACUGAAGAGUGGAGCGGAGGCGGAAGAGGUGUGUUUUCACAACUUUCAGCCUCCGCUCGAGUUUCCUCCGAAACAACAACCGAGGAGAAACGGGAGGAGAACGCAAACAGUCAGAAGGAAGGAGAAGGAGGAGAAGACGCUCGCGCUCCGAACACGGCUACGUCGCGUGCGCACAGGAAGAGUUGCUAGCUUAGGAGUUUUGUUGUUGUUUUCAAACUCAUGUAGUUCAGGAACACCGUCGAUCGGUCGGGACCUGCAGACCUUUGGACUUCAGGCUGAUGUAGCCGACCGAACUUCUGAAAACAACUUUUAAUCACUCCAGAAAUUUUCGGGUUUAUUUUUUUCUUCUUUUGAGCCGUUUCCUUUUGCGGUCCAGCGGUUACGAUUGUCGUAAACGCGACUUUCCCGCGACUUUUGCCGAAACUGCUGGUUGGAUUGUCAGAGGACAGCCCCACGGUGACCGGCGGAGGAUGGGCAACACCAGCAGCGACAGGUCCAGCGGGGAGCGGUUAUACCGGGAUGGACAGGCCGGAGGGAAGGAGGCGCGACCCAACAUCAUGAUGGACAGCAGCGAGGACUCGGACCUCUUUCAGAGGGAAGACGCCAAGGCCCCACAGGAGAUGCAGGAGUUCCUGGCGUGGCAGCAGGACUUGGACUGUGACAGCAAAAGUCCGACACAGGCAAGACCGACUGUGUUCAGAUGGGCCGGCUCCGCCAAAGAAGUCUAUGUUUCAGGAUCUUUCAACAACUGGGCCACCAAGAUCCCCCUUAAUAGAAGCCAGAAGAACUUUGUGGCGAUUGUGGAUCUGCCGGAGGGAGAGCACCAGUACAAGUUUUGUGUGGACGGUCAGUGGACUUUGGAUCCAGCUGGGGCUGUGGCUACGUCCAAAACCGGAUCAGUGAACAAUGUCAUACAGGUGAAGAGAACGGACUUUGAGGUCUUCGAUGCCCUCAGGAUAGACUCUGAGGAGUCAGCCGACAUGUCUGAGUUGUCCAGCUCCCCACCAGGCCCUUACCAACAGAACGCAUACGUGAUCAAACCAGAAGACAAGCUCAAACAGCCUCCCUUCCUGCCCCCUCACCUGCUCCAGGUGUUGCUCAACAAGGACACGGGCAUCUCUUGUGAUCCAACGCUGCUUCCAGAGCCCAACCACGUCAUGCUCAACCACCUUCAUGUUGCUCUGUUUCAGGACGGCGUGAUGGUUCUCAGCGCAACUCACAGGUACAAGAAGAAGUAUGUGACCACCCUCCUCUACAAGCCAAUAUAAACCGUAGCAGCACCGCUCAGGCUUUUAUUUUGAAAUGUUUAAGUCAACAGCGGCUGGUUUUUUGCUGAAACUGGACCAACUCGUAUUCUUGAUUUUAGACACUUGCAACAUGUUUUUUUUUUAAACAAAAAAUUUUUAGGUCAUGCUUGUGAAUAAA